UGCAAAAUUAAGGUGAUGAAGUGGGGGCAGUACAUAAAAGUCAAGCAGGUUCAACUAGUGCAUAAUUUUAUCGAAGUCGCCAUGAAGUUUGCAGUUGUAUGUUUUGUUGUAAUUGCUGUCGUGGUAACCAGCAGUUACGGUUUACCAGCGAAAGGAUCAACAAAGGCCGCUCUGAAAAAGAAACCAUGUCUUAAAGAAUGUCCUGAUGACUAUAAACCCGUAUGUGCAGGAGAUGGUAGCGGGAAAAACAAUAAAUCUUUUGGAAGCGAAUGUGUCCUGUCUAACUACAACUGCGAAUCAGGAAAUAAUCUGAAGAUACAAAGUCAGGGAGAAUGUCCAGGUGGUGGAGGAGUUCGUUUGUCGUAACCGAUUUUGGCAAAAUAAUCGCAACUCUCAUUCUUACCUAAUAUAUAUGUUAAAUAUCAAUAUUAAUGUAAACGUAUCAUUCAGUUCAAUAAUAAUAAUUAAUGAUAAUUCAGUAAUCAUUUACGUGGAUUAAAUACUUGUAAAACUAAUAAUUGUGCUUGAACAUUUUUAAAAAAUACACUUUAAUUUUUG